UACUACGACAGAGGUAUUGGAGGCGGAUCCACUCUACCUGACAGUUUCAUCUCUCACACACAAGUCAGGCGACAAAUCACUUCUGAUAGAGAGGGAACUACAAAUGCAUUGGAAUCCUCAGCUCUUUGACAAAGUCGGUCUAUUUACGUCGGACCCCUCUGUUGAUAAAACAGCAAGAGCAGUGAUAAUGAUACGGAAUACGGCCUCGGACUAUGACAGAGGUUAUUAUGAGACGAGUUUGAGCAUAGGGAGUCCCACAUUUCCUGCUGGAUGGGAGAAAAAUUCGACCGAAGAGAGGGUACCAGGGGCAAACUGUCUGCCAUUUUGGAUUGUGGGAUGGAAAGCUGGUCUCCCGUUGGAUAUCCGCUGCCUGAUGAUCAAUCCAACGUGGAUGAAUGAUCAUAGUUUCUGGAUAAACCACGACCUGAUCAAAGUAAGGCCAUUAGUUCCAAUGCUGAAGGACAUCCGGAAAUUUCUAGAAGCUGCCACAAGUGAAAUUAUCAUUUUGGAUUUCCACCGUUUCCCGGUGGGCUUUUCCGGUCGCCAUCAUCGUCAUCAUAGUCUGGUGAGAAUUCUGGAACGAGAGUUGGGCGAAUUCGCUUUUCCAUAUCAGGAAGAAUUUCCAAUGCUGGAGGAGAUUUGGAACUUGGGACGGAAUUUGAUUAUUUCCUAUGGAGAUGACGUCACUGUGGAAGAAUACCCCUGGCUGUGGCCCCCCAUAAAACAGAUGUGGGGCAACAAGCAGACCCCCCUAGACCUGUACACCUUUCUGCACGAGUGCAUGGUGGGCGCCAAAUUCAACUCAUCUCAUCCAGGUCUCUGGGCAGCUAUGGCUCAGCUGACUCCGGCUCCCUUCGACCUGCUCUUCCAGCCCGACUUCAGUCUGCGCCACUUGACCCACCAGGUGUCGCGCAACUUGACCCAAUUGUGCCAGGAGAGCUGGUGGGACAAGGCCAACAUAUUUGCCACUGAUUUCUUCCUGGAGAACAACAUUGUUAACGUGGCUAUAGAAGCCAAUAUAAAACGCGCCGGCUUCAAGUUGGUCUGUGAAAAGUUUGAGGGUAGCGGCAUGGACUCCAUUUUGGAUUGGGAGGAAGAGGGGUUUGUGAUUUAGGGUAGUGGGGCUGGUGAUGUAAGAGGGGGUACCCCUACUUCACUACCUCCGUAAAAAAAGCCGUAGUGCAUUCGUGUGACGUCAGCACAGGUAGGGCUCAAUUUAAUAUCAGCUGUUUUAGCACACAUGAAAUUUAGCAGCCGGAAAGGGUACUCUUUCCGGCCU